UUGACUACAAAAGGUGGUAGGGGCAGCAAAGCCAGACAGACUGUUCAGCUUUCAUUCUUGCACAGCAACCAUGAUACAUGCAUAUUGCAUUAUAUUUGUCUUCCAGCUGCUCUCCCUCACUGGGGCUAUGGAGAGCAGCAUAGUGGGCGGUAAGGUUGCAAAGCCUCAUUCCAGACCCUACAUGGCAUCACUGCAGAUCCGUGGACACCAUACAUGUGGCGGGAUACUCAUUCGGGAGGACUUUGUCCUAACUGCAGCACACUGCAAACAUCCUGAGCAAACGACGGUGGUACUUGGAGCACAUAACAUAACCAAGGAAGAGAAAAGUCAGCAACGGAUCGAAGCGGAGUACAUUCCACAUCCAAAAUACAAAGAAUACGAUUAUGACAUUAUGCUACUUAAGUUAAAAAAGAAUGCCACACUUAAUAAGAAUGUGAAGACCAUCAAACUUCCUAAGAAAGACGGAAAAAUUCCAGCCAACAUUAAGUGUAAUGUUGCUGGCUGGGGCUUAACUGGAGACAAGAAGAGAACUAUGUCAGAUGUACUGAGGGAGACAAGAGAGAAGAUGCAAUUCAGCUUUGAGUGCAAAAACAAAUGGAAAACAUACUUCAAUAGUCAACAAAUGCUAUGCACCACAUUUACCAAAAAGGAGGGAGGCAUUUGCCAGGGUGAUUCUGGUGGACCACUUAUCUGCAACACCGAGCUUCACGGGAUAACAGCUUUCACCUACAGCGAUGAUUGUAAUGAUCCCGAGUAUCCCCAUGUCUUCACUAAAAUCCACUUCUUUCUUCCCUGGAUUAAGAAAGUGAUGCAGGGAUAGGGGGAUGUUGUGUGAGCCAGAGCCACUAUUCAGAGGGCAAGAAUGCUGCCGUUUCUUCACUUUAUUAUUAAAUAAUGCAGGCAAACAUUUAUAAAAAAAAAUCUUGAAGCUUAUAUGUGUGAAUGUUUUACAUGUAAGAAAAUAUACAAUAGAUUGCAUUAUUUAAAAUCAGAGGGAAAAAAUGGUGAAACUGAGUAAUUUAACACAAAAUUUACAAUGUACAUUCAUAGCAUCUGCCUCUGUCCUUUAGCAACAUGUCUGUCUUUUAAUUUCAGAGUUGUUCCUUUUUGCAAAUUCUUGUGUAAGUUUGGUCAGCCUUGCUUAUGUUUAUUAUUCUAAGUCUGUUAAGAAUCCAAUGUUUUUGUGAUUUAUGCUUGAAUCUUAUUGGAAUUUUAAAAAAUUACAGAAUAGAUACACAUUCAGAAUGAUUUUCAUUAAGGAGAAAUAGCAGUCAAAACGUGGUGGGUAGGUGGGGAGUUUGCGAGGGGGCAGGUAUCUAAAGUAUGUGAGUAAGUGUGAUGGUUGAAUUGUGUUGUAAAAGCCCACAGGCAAAUGUAUCUUAUGCACACUGAAUCAUCUGUAGCUCCAUCUGGUGUACAGCAGAAAGAAUACAAUAAGCUGUAUGAGGCUUAUUAUCUCAUGUGAAUCCCUUGCUGCUCUUGUUUUUAUUAGAUAUUUUAACUCAUCUCAAGCCAUUUUUUUUUUUUUUUUAAAU